GAAGAAGAAGAAAGCAAAUGCUCAGCCAGUAGAUUUGCUUCCUUUUCUACAGCGAGAAGAGAAGAGGCCAAUACGACCUAGAAACCCUCCUAUGCCUGUAACACCUGAGGUAAUCCUUCCAAUUGAUCCAUUUGUGACACCUGAAUUUCCUCGGUUUUCAAGGCUUGCACACUGGAUGGAUCUACGGGGCAUAUAUCGUGUACCGUUUUAUAUCAAUGGAAGAGAAAUUGAAAAAGAGUUCUUUCAAAAAAUGGACGAUGCAGAAAAGAAUCUCAACAAAGAGCACAUAAAUGUUGCAUUUGAAAUGCUAAAUUGUAAGAGGGUUGAGCAAGGUGCUUGGUUCCGCAACAACAAUCUUCCAGCAGCAUGCUUUGUACCAGUCAGAUUCUUAGAAGUGGUUGGGUACGCUUAUGAAUCUGUCAGGAAGCCACAUAAGAAAAAACAAACGUUAUUGGAGGGCUGUGUAGGCGAACUUGUGAAAGGUUUAAUACAUCCAAAGAAGGUAUGGCUGGAAGAUGUUGAUGUUAUAUAUGGUGUCAUUGAAGAUAAGUUGAGCUAUCACUAUAUUGGGGUGGAGAUACAAUUGAUUGAUAACACAAUCACACUCUUCCAUUGUGGUCUUCCAAAAGCAAAUAUCAAACGUGCUCUUAAUCAAAUCCAAGAACUGGCAGGUAAAAACUCUUUGUGAUUUAUUAAUUUUAUCAUUCAGUGUAGAAAAAUCAGUUUUAUUUAUAUUGUUACAUUGAUUAUGGAUAGGAUUGUGAAAGUAUGCGUAUCCUGAAAAAAGAAUUUUAGCUAAUUUAGAAAAUAAAAGUUUGUCUCUUGCUGCU